GUGCGUGUGGAGUCCUAACGACGUUUGCAUUAGCGUCGGUUGGAAAGCAGAAUAACAACAGCAACAACAACAGCUAAGGAACAGCCAUGUCCAGUCAUUCCGGUACAAUAGGCCGCAAACGCGGUGGCAGCAGUGGCAGCGAAUAUUAUUUUAAUGGAGGCGAACAAAUGCGGCGGCAGCGCUCAGCCGAAUGGCAUAGCCGUCAUGGAUACAGCAGCAGUGAGGAUGAGUAUCAAAAUACGGGCCAAGCAUCUGCGUUUGAUACCCAACUGCUGGCACAGCUGCUGCUGCAAAGUCAGCAAUUGGCAAAUAUGGAUCGCUAUGGCUCUGAUUGUGACAAUGAAGAGAUUCCUGCUUCACUAUUAAGUGACUAUACAAGUACGAAUCGCGAGAACAGUAACGUACACCUAUUAAAUCAACAACUGCAACAAAGUACCGGGCUUUGUUCGCCAAUGAAACAACAGACUGCAGCAAUUGCAACAACUGCAAUGCUAACUACAACAACAACUGCCAAUAGUAAAUAUCAAACAAAUGCCAAUCUAGGACUUAUACCCUCCAAUACUCGGAGUACAAAUCCAUUUCUUAAUACAAAAUAUGAUUCACAAUCGAAUUCGGACUCAUUGAGUGAGCAUUUAUCAUACUCGGGUAGUGCAGCUAUGCUGGAUCGUCUACAAGCAGCCAGCGACUUCAAUGCAUCAAACGCCGCAACAACACUGAACUCUGCUUAUCUAAUGCCAAACAGCACAACUGCAGGCAGUUUAACACCAACCAUACGCGAAACCACAGCACGUACCCAUCGCUCUAAAAGCGGUCGCACUCUUAAUCGUGCCAGCGGUAUGACAUCAUCUAGUAGUGGCACAUCAUCAACCGGUAACGCGUCCUCAUCGACGGCUGCAGUAGCUUCCGCCGUUGCUGCUGCUAUUGCUAGUCGUACCGAACGCGAAAAGCUCAAAUUACAGCAAAUUCAAAUGGAACUACGCGAAUUCGCACAGUCUACAGCAGAAAGCUCCGGAGCUUCAGCUUUGGGUGUCGCAGAUUUAGACGAAUUCGGUGGCAUACCGUCUGGUGGUGAGUCCGAACCACCACCAGAGCCAGCUCCGCCGGAAAUUCCGCCGCGUACACAGUCGCUGUUAUUAUCGUUUCGUAAACAUUCGGACUACAAACUUAAAUACGAAGAAAAAGGGGACCAAAAACAUGAGGAAUUUAUUCCAACAAGUCAAUUACAACAACAAUAUCAAAAGGAUUUCUUAACUACUGAAAACUCGCGAUCAAGUGAGAGUCAAUCAAAGUCAAUUGCUUCCAGUGAUUCUCAGAGUCAACAAGGGAAUCAUAAUUUCUAA